UUAGUACCACUAUUCACAUUCUAUCGAGACUCAAUACAGUUCUUAAUUGGUUUGAAUUAAUGAUUAAAUCAUCCUUUACAAGACUUUACUUCUGCUUGUAUUUUUAUCUAAUGGAAACUAAAGACUAGGCUAAUUUAUGCAAGUGAUUAAAUUAAUUGAUUGGGAAUGUCGUUUCUUUUAGGGUAACUUCUCUUGUGUUUCCUUGAAAAUUUAUAAGGUAUUAGUUUGAAAACAUUGAGUUUAGUUGAAUUAGUGUAUGCAAAACAGAUUAUGAAAUGGGAAUCUCAAUAGGAAGCAUUUGAUACGUGGUAGAUACCCAUUUUAUUUAGGAAUGAUAGUUAAAAUGAGAGUGGGGGUGAGUUCGAGACUGCUUUGGAGUGAGUUUUAAUAGACAAUUAAUUUUUAAUUUAUAUAUGUUAAAGCAUAUUAAAAAUAAUAAUGCUAGUUUUUAUGAC